AUGUUCAUUGAGGACGGCAUGGUGGUAUUGGUGGCGCGGUAUCAUAAAGGAUAUCAGGUGAGUGGCGACGUCAAGAUCAUCCAUCGAUAUUUACCACGAGAGGUGGGUGAGCUCCUGGUAUGGUAUUUAUGGCUGGUAUUGCCAUUUCAACGGCGCAUCGACGCGUGGAUGCAUCAGCGGGAGGACAUCAAUCCCCAUAUCUGGGCCUCCGCGCCGUGGGAACCCACAUGGACCUCGGAACGGGUGCGGCGGAUAUUACAACGGGAGAGCACUGUGGGAUUGUCCGGGCAGACAUUGAAUAUUGCAUCGUACCGUGAGAUUGCCAUUGCAAUCAGCCGCCGAUAUAUGCGAGCAGAACGGGCAUUUGUUCGCCGUGACCCCCAUUCCACCACGGAGGAUGAUUUGCAUGAGGAUGAGGCCCAGAUUAUGGCCCGGAUGAUGGAUGAGCAGGCUGGACACAGCCCCCACGUGGCGGGAGCUGUAUAUGCGCGGGAAACCACCGAACGAGCUGGCGAAGUGGCCGAUCGACGACAACGAUUCCGGCAAAGCAGCCAGGAAUGGCAUCAGUUUUUGGGGUUUACAUCCGCCAUCCGUUCCAUCCCCACUGGCAAGAUCACACCAUUCCAGGACACGGCCCAGGCCAGUCAGAUCGAGCGAUGGAGCCGUACCCGAGCCAUGGAUCUCGACGAGUCAUUACAGCAGAUGAUGGGACUAUCCGCCACGUUUCGUGGGACCCAGAAAGCCGUGAUUCAGUCCAUCGUCCAGCGGCAGAGUCCCAUUGUCGCCAUCAUGCCCACGGGCGCGGGGAAGAGUUUAUUGUUCAUGUUGCCCGCAUGGAUGAGUCAUGGGGGCACCACCAUUGUGGUCGUUCCAUUGGUGGCAUUACUUGCCGAUCUCCAACAACGAUGCCAGACCUUGGGCAUCUCCUGUGUGGAAUGGGAAUCGCGACGUCCCGUCGAUGGAGCAUCGAUUGUAUUGGUGACGCCGGAAUCCGCGGUGAGCGAGACAUUCCAGACCUUUAUUAACCGGAAGCAGUGGACCAAGGAGCUGGACCGCAUUGUGAUCGACGAAUGCCACAUCAUAUUACAGGAAGGAUACCAGUUCCGGAAGCAGAUGGCGCAGCUGGGUGCAUUGGUCCGCGCGGAGACCCAACUCGUGUUAUUAACCGCCACCUUGCCCCGUGAAAGCGAAGCAUUGUUAUGCCAGCGGAUGUAUUUAGAUUCCCCCACGAUCCAGUGGUUCCGCGGCCGGACCAGCCGGACCAACGUGGCAUAUCAAGUGAUCGAGAUUGGCGCCGGUGAGCCAUCUUGUGAUAUAAGCGAGCUGAUGAUUACGUGGAUUCAGCAGCGCGUUCAGCAGCUCCACGAGGGGAAAGUGGUCAUAUAUGCCAAUACGAUUGCCACCGUCCAGCGGAUUGCCCAUCAACUGCAAUGUCCCGCUUAUUACAGCCAGGCGGUGGAUAAAAAGGGGAUGUUAGCAUCAUUCCAGAAGCAGAAUCCCGGGGUGAUCGUGGCCACGAGUGCGUUGGGAAUGGGGAUUGAUAUCCCCGAUAUCCGGCUGGUGAUCCACGUGGGCCGGACGCGGUCCUUGUUGGAUUAUGGACAGGAAAGUGGACGAGCCGGACGCGAUGGGGCCGCCAGCCAGGCGAUCAUGUUAAUCGAUGGCCACGGAGCGGGUUGGGGGGAUCCGCCCACGGUGGAUUCGCGGGUGGAGGAAUACCUUGGCGGUGGUUGUCGACGGCGGGCAUUAGAUAUAUAUUUGGGCGGGACGGUGGAUGGAUAUACACGGCAGCAGUGUGAGGACGGUGAGGCGAUAUGUGACCAGUGUCAGAGUAGUAUAGAUCCCAAUCCCGCCAGUCCGAAUGCCAGUCCCAAUGGCUGGCUGAGUGCCCGCCAGAAUAACAGACAGGAAGCCAGUGAUUCGGCCAGUGAUUCGGCCAGUGAUUCGGCCAGUGAUUCGGCCAGUGAUCCAGGCAGUGAUUCGGCCAGUGAUUCGGCCAGUGAUUCGGCCAGUGAUUCGGCCAGUGAUUCGGCCAGUGAUUCGGCCUGUGAUUCGGCCAGUCAUUCAGCCAGUCAUUCAGCCAUCCAUGACAGACCAAACGGCUGCCCAAAUAACCGCCCAAGGACCAGCCAUUUCACCAGUCCCAACAGCCACCAUAUCGCCAUUCCCACACCAUCACCCGGUCCACGCAAACGCGCCAUUUCCCACCAUUCCAUCCCCCCCAUGGCCAAACGUCGGGCCCAUCCCAUAUUCCCGUCGACGGCAUAUUACCAGGGGCCCAUGCAACGACAGACGCAGCACGCGGAGGCGGAUGGACAGGAAAUCGAGUCCAUCCGGGAACCGUUUGACCGGUGGGCCGGGCAAUGUCGAUUAUGCGGGAUGACAGGGCAACCAGCGCACCAUAGGAUUGGCAAUUGUCCCCAUCCACAGGCACAGAUUGCGCAGUCAUGGAUGGACCAGGUGAUCGAACAGGUGGUCCAUCAGCCACGGGGGGCCGGACGGCGAGGGUAUGAGGCAUAUGCGGCAUGUUUUGGAUGCCAUUCCCCGCAGUGGAUUUGCCAACAGUGGGAGAGCAACGGCUACGGUGGUUACCAGAAGACGCACGAGCGGUGUCAAUAUCCCCAUGUGGCGAUUCCGAUCAUGGGACAGUUAUUGCAUGGACCGCAGCGGCAUUCAAUCCGUGUAGCAUGGCAACAGCGAAUGCAGGCCCAGUUCCCCGGGGUGGACAUUGACGAUGAGCGAGGGUUGAUUGGACAUUUCCAACGGCGAUUUGGGCGACGUGGUGAGGAGCGCAGCGGAUUGGUGGUAGAGAUGAAUUGGAUGUGUGAAUUUAUCGAGCGGGAAUUCCCCGCGUGA